AUGGUAAGAUCACGCUGUCUGUCUCUGGCUUGUAAGGAAAUGAACUGGGGCUUCUCGGUGGAGACUGGCUGGUUAAAAGGGCAGCCAUCUGAGAACCCAGAGGAUCAGCCGACCACUGGGGUCUUUGGACGAAUCGGGAGCUGGUUCUCUCCAUGGAAGGGAAAAAGUCCAAAGGUUUCUACAGAAAAUGCCUUGCCAAAUAGUGAUCAGGCUGUUAAGUUAGAGGGAGAAGAGGAGAGUGAGCAGUCUGUGACACGGCAGGCAAGGGAACAACAGUUGGAAGAAGAAAAGGAACACCGCUCCAAUCCUAAUUCUCUGGGUCUCCGCAGAGACACUUUCCUCUGUGAAGAGGAGGACGCCACGCAGUCUGCCCACAGGGACGGCUUCGUUGUGAGCAGCAGUGAGCCAGGAGAAGGAGGUCCAAAAGAGGAGGAGUUUGUGGCGUGCAGAAGUAGGAGAAUAGGGCAGGGCAAGGAGAGGGAGGAGAGUGGCAAUGGUAAUUUGGUGAGCGGGAAUCCAGAGAAUGCCAGUCAUCUGACACAUCUGUCUUCCUCUUCUGAGCAAGGCGUGGUAUGGGACUCUGACCAGGUUCAUACCAAGCCUCAGGCCCAGACACAAGCACAGGCUCAGGCAGGUAAGAGGCUCCAUGUGUACCUAGAGGAGACUAGUGUGAUUCAAAGCGACAAAGACACCUGUGUUAGACAGGAAGUGGUCCGUACCAAAGUCAAUAAAAGCUUACAGAUCCCCCCUAAGGCAAAGUCAUCCACAAGUUUUGAAUCAUCAUAUAGCUUAAGUUUAAGAAGCACAGAGAACAAAAAGCCAAAUGUGAGGCUCCCUGGUGGGACACAGGGUUGUUACAGUGCCCUAGCAGGAGUGUCACUGAAAUCACACAAAGACUUACAGUCAGAGAGUGAACCUGAUCAAGAACAAACAGAGGCAGACAGCAUGGGUCGUAAAAACGCUGCCAGAAAAAAAUCCAAGAAGAACUUUCAGGGAGAUGCAGGUACCAGCCUGCAGGAAAAAAUACCCUCCAAUGCCCACCCUGCCUCAGAGGGAUUCCCUACAUCAGAUGACUCAAUGAACAGUCCUCAGGGUGAAAGUCCAACUCACAUGAGAGAGUCAUCAGUGAACUCCUCCUCCAAACACAACCCCACCUUUCAAGACUCACCUGCAGGAGGGAACAGUAAGACUUCCUGCCCUGACACGGUCAAACAUUCAGACAACUUCCAGGACUCAGAAUCAGUCACUUUGGCAUGUGUGGUUGAUGGCGGUACAGACAUGGAGGAUGAUUAUGACUUUUACAAAGUGGAAAGGAAGACGGAGACACCAGAGUCCAAACGCAGGAGUAUGAAGGUUUCUUUGAGUGAGGUGAAGUUUUUUACAAAGAAUGUGCCUUUGAAAGCUGAGGAAAGUCCGGCUGGAGAUGACCGGGAUUCUAAGUCAGCAUUAAAAAGUACCAAAAAUGAAGUAAAGGAUAAGCCCAAAACAGAGAUUCAUGCAAGACUACAAGAUCUGGAAAAACUUGAAGAGGAGCCUAAGCCUGCUGUUGGCAGGAUUGGAGAUAAGAUCAGCCUCUUUGAGCGCCGGGCGGCAGGAGGCCUCAAGCAGACCUUCCAAAGCCCAAGGAGUGCUGAUGUCUCCCCAGUCAGGAAAGCCACUGAGAGGCUGAAAAAAGACUUUGAGUUGUCAGAUAAGAGGUCGAAAUCAGCUGAACGUUACAGUACUGCUAGCUCCAGAUCUGAAUCACCUGUCGGGGAGAAACCAAUGACGAUCAAGGAGCGAAAAAGGAACUUUCUAAAGGCAUCUUUACCAGCGGAGAAACCAGCACUACCUCAAAAGCCAGCCAUGACAGGAAUGUCUCAAAAGUCUUCCUCGUCUGUGACAGUUGCUGCAUCAAAGUCACCAGAACUGGAGAGUCAGGGUAAACGGGAUACUAAAGAGAAGACAGAGACAAUGGCAAUGUCAGAGAUAACAUUAAGACCAGAUGGACGGGAUACCGCUAUUGUGGGGGUAAAAAUUUCCAUUCCUAAAGAACAACAUACAGUCUCCAAAGUAAAACACACAGAGACCUCAAAAACAACAGACCAAGGUACAAAAUCAGAUGCUAAAGGGACAGGUGAUUCUGCAGAACUGACUAACAAUGUAAGCCUACCGGUCAAACGCCGUAGCAGAUCAGGCUCCCGUUCUAAAAGAAGGAAAAGCAGAGAACCAGCCAGUCCCCUCAGCCCAAACAGUCAAAACGAGGCAGACCAAUUUAGUAGUAAGCAAGAGCUCACAGCUGUAAAACAACAGGGGGAUGAUACAGAGGAGACUAUUUCAGCCUCCAAAGAUUUCACAGAAAAAGUAUCAUUACCAGUCGAUAAAGCAGAAGGAAAUACAUCAGAUAAACAGCCUGUGACUGAUACCAAACAGCAAGCAUUUAAAACAUCUAAAAAGGACAAACUGUCCAACAGACAGGAGGGAUUACCUGAACCAUCUGUCAACAAAGAUGAACCUGAUACUGCUCCUUCUAGCAGAGGGACAAAGACACCUAUUGACAAGGUUCCUAUUAUUUUACCCCAAAAGGAGGAAAAGGCAGGGGGAGACAGCCUCUCAUUCACUAAAGAGGGUAAAAAUGCCUCCAAAGACAGCAGAGAAAUACCAUCCUCCUCCCCCUCAUCUUCAGAACAACUUGUUGAGAAGACUCCUUCAGUGGAGAAAAACCCACCUGUUGAAACCCCCAAAACAGAUAAAGAAUUCUCAAUGCAAUCUGAAUCAAAAAGCAAAUUAAAAGCGGGGCAGCCCAGUAAAAAAGACACAGGGCAAACACAGCAACAGCAACAGCAAAACAACAACACAGAACCAAUAAAUCAGACUGAGGCCAGAGACUUAGAAAUAUCCCCAAAAACCGAGAAGGAAAAAACAAAUCAGAGUGAGAACCAAGGCAACGGAGAACAACAACAGCUCUUGCCUUUAAAUAAAAAUACAACAAAAGGCGAGGUUUCACAAAAUGUACAAGGUAUCUCAGGGACAGAAGGAAGCAUUGUGAGGGAUGAUCAGGAAAAAAAUGCUGCAACAAAGGAAGGAGCACAGCCUGUCAGAGGCAUAACAAAACCAGAAGCCAGCCAGCCAGAACCAGCCUCUCAGUCCUCAAACAGUAGAGUUGGAUCGUCGGACCUCCCCGCUCCAACACAACACAUAAAUCAGACGGUGACUAAACACCCAGAAAACACUGCUGUUUGUGCCCAGGCUGGAACCAAGAGUGAGAGAGGGCCAUCCCAGGGAAAGAAGGCAACAAAUGGGCCUGAGUUACAAACAACAUCUACAGAAAGUCCUGGAACAGAGAAACGGCCAGUGGUGAUUGCAGCCGAACCGCAGCCUAAUUCUGUAUCUGUGGAAAAAACAGAGAAUUCAGCCGAUGACUCACAUACACAUGGAGCUAAUGAUGCUGAGUUCUCCAGCUCAAAACCUAUUACAAAGGCAAAUACAGCAGUUGAAGAAGCGACCCUAAAAGUUGCUAAUGACACUCCAGUACUGAUUACUGCACAGACUGAUAAUAUGGCAGAGAAAAGCUCAUCUGUUAAAGAGCCUACUCCUAUUUCUGUGUCUAAGUCUGUGAGCAGUGAGGUAUCAGGCCAGGAUGAUGGGAAUAAAAGCUCAGUUGACAAGUUAGUGGCCUCAAAAGUCAAAAUCUCAUCAGAUAAAAUGAAAGCAGGGCUUAGCCAAGCACAGUGUGAAGAAACACAAACUACAGCAAGCAUAAAUGAUAUCACUUCACUCAAGGGCUCAGAAAAAAUAACACACAGCUCUCCUGGCACAGUCAAAAAGGAACCAGUCAAUAUAAAGCCUAAGCAGAUUCUAAAAGAGCUCCCUUCCUCAAAGGCUAAUAAAAUGAGCCUAGACUCAAUCCAGCAUUCCAUGAAGAGGUUCAAUUUGCCACGAGGACUAAGCAAAGAUGAUUCAGCAACACGGCAAGAUGCCCCUUCUAGCUGGCUGGAUUUGGACUUUCCCAAACCGAAACGUAAAGUCCUGAAGCCAAAACUGAGUUCCUCUGGGAGUGAGAGCAAUCUACUGGACACUUCUGGUGAGCUAGAUGAUAAUGAUUUUGUUGAGAAAAUCAAGAAGCUUUGCGCUCCCUUCUCUCUACCGCCUCGUAAACACAACCACCUUCGGCCCCCUCAGCCCGCCUUUGCGAUGCCGGCUAUCAAGGAAGACCACUUUGAGAAGACGUUUGACCCUGAGGACUUCAAGUUUGGCUUGAGGAAGAAUAAUUUCGUCUUAGAUACAGCCUCAAACCUCUUUGACAAGCUCCACAACACAGAGGUGAAAGCUGGUGUAAGGCCUGUCAGGGCUAGUUUAGCAGACAGGAGUAUAUUGCUCAGUAGCUUGGACACCAACUCUCGCCUCAAGGAAAAGACCUCCGUCAAAGAUGAGGAGGAUGGCAAGGAAGAGAAAGAUGAACAGUUUAAAGUGAGGUCUCGCUUAGAGAGGAGCUGUGUCUUCAGUGGUCUCACCAGCUCUAGCAUAAGAGGGAAGAAAAAUGGAGCAGAAAGCCCCAAAUCUGAGAACGGGUCACCCACUGAAGCCCCCCUACCCAGCACUCCACUUUUAUCCCAGUCACCCCUGCCGAGCCCAACUGACACAACUUUACUCCAAAACACACUGUCAAAGCAGAGCGUUGCCCCAAGCAAAAGAGAGGAAGCUCAGGCUGUGGAGGCAGUGGUCAGUGACUCACGUCCUCCACUUCCCUCCUUCGACAACAUCAAACUGCCAGACUAUUUAGAGAAGUACCUCCCCCGAGAACCAGUGAAACCAGUGCAGAAUAUACAAGGAACGGAGCAAGUCAAAACGGAGGUUACUGGAAAAAUGACAACUCCAGUCCCUGUAGUUGAAGCAGACCUGCUUGUAAAACCAGGACUGGUGCUUCCUGAUGCUGUGCCUUCAUCUUUUCCUGGGAUUCCUCCAACCACAGUCCCAACACUCCCUGAGAUUAAACAGCCUUCGGCUCAGCUGCCGGGGAUACUUAGUAAUAAUAUAAGAACCGCCAGAGGGUUUCACAAACGUCGUGGAAAGAUGGUGUUGUUCGAGAAAGCUCACUUCUGUGGCCAAGCUUAUGAUAUUUACGGGGAUGUAGCAGAUGCUACAGCUCUGCAGUUCUCACCGCUCAUAUCUGCGAAGGUCAUUAGAGGAUGUUGGGUGUUGUAUGAGAAGCCUGACUUCCAGGGACGCCUCAUUGCCCUGGAGGAAGGUGGCAUAGAAUUGACAAAUGAGUGGGCAGACUCUGGACUGGAGACAGACCCAGACAACCAGCCAAUGGUGAUUGGCUCUAUUCGACUGGCUGUCUCUGAUUACAACAUCCCCCAUAUUGAUCUGUUUACUGAACCAGAGGGACACGGCAGAGUAACACCAUACCAUGAAGAUGCAAUAGAGACGGGUUCAUUUGGCAUCCCUCUGAGCACUGCUUCCAUCCGAGUGCACUCGGGGGUGUGGCUGGUGUUCAGUGAUCCGGGGUUCGAGGGCAUGCUAGCUGUGCUGGACAUAGGAGAGUACCCUUAUCCUGAGACCUGGGGCUUCCCAUCACCAUUCAUAGGAUCUCUCAGACCACUUAGAAUGGGUGGUUACAAAGUGGAGAAUCCCAAUGAAGUCAAGGUUGCGAUGUAUGAGAAGCCUGGCUUUGAGGGCACGUGUAUGGAAAUCGACAGUGAGGUUUUCAGCUUUUGUGACAGUGAAGGAGGCCUUGAAGCAGAAGAAGCUAACCUUGACUCAAAGAAGCUGAAGUCUGUGGGUUCCUUAAAGGUCAUCGGAGGGCUCUGGGUGGGCUACAACCAGCCAGGAUUUGAGGGCCAGCAGUACAUCCUAGAGGAAGGAGAGUACCUGGACUGCAAUGACUGGGGAGGCUCAGAGCUUCUGUCACUGCGACCAAUACUGUCUGAUUUCAUGUCUCCACAUCUCAAAAUGUUCAGUGACAGAGAUUUCGGUGAGCUGGGAGUUAACAUUGAUGUGAGGGUGCCUCUUAUCAACAUGGAUGACACAGGCUAUGGCAUGAAGACACAAUCUAUUGACGUCAUCAGUGGAGUCUGGGUUGUGUUUGAGGAGCCUGGCUUUUGUGGGGAAUGCUACAUCCUGGAAAAAGGCCUGUAUGGUAGCCCAGAGGACUGGGGGGCGCUACAGCCUAGAAUUGCCUCAGUGAUGCCUGUUGUGGUGGAUGAUUUUGACACCACAGCCAAGUUUAAGGUGCAACUCUUCUCUGAACCAGGUUUUCAAGGCUCUGUCCUCGCUCUGGAGGACAGUGUAACCUCCCUGCAGGAAGGUUUCUCCGUGGCCUCCUGCAAGGUUCUGGCGGGCAGUUGGCUGGCAUUUGAGGGCCAGGACUUCACCAGCACAAUGUAUGUGUUAGAAAUGGGGAACUACUCGGACCUGAGAGCAAUGGGCUGUGUCAGUGAAAGCUCUUCCAUCCUGUCAUUACAGCCUGCUGGCUUUGAGUUUUCACUGCCAUCCAUCACUCUUUUUGAGCGCUGUGGCCUGCGGGGGAAGAGAGUGGUUCUGAGAGACGGAUCAGUCAACCUUCAGCUGGCUGGAGGCUGUGGCAGAGUCCAGUCUGUGCUCGUGGAAGGAGGCAUAUGGAUAUUAUAUGAGGGAAUCAACUAUCGGGGGGCUCAGAUGUUGCUGAAACCUGGUGAGGUGCUCGACUGGCGUGAGAUAAGCAACUGGAAGAGAAUUGGAUCCCUCCGCCCUCUUCUACAGAGGCAAGUGUACUUCCGUUUAAGGAAUAGACAGUCGGGGCUCGUGAUGUCACUGACCGGAGAUUUGGAUGAUAUCAAACUGCUGCGGAUUCAGGAAAUGGAGGAGACGGAUGGUUACGAGCAAAUCUGGUACUACCAGAACGGGCAUAUCCACUGCAAGCUGCUGGAGGAGUGCUGUCUGAGUCCCAGUGGCAGCGUGAUCAUCGCAGGAGGCCGUGCAGGCGUCACGCCGGAGCAAGACAACCAAGAACACCUCUGGAGCAUCACGCCAGAGGGCUUUAUUUUCUACACCCCCACCUCUGAUCUGGUCCUGGAGGUGAAAGGAGGCAAUCAUUAUGAUAAAAACCAAGUGAUUCUCAACACUAUUGAUCCAAAUAAACUCACCCAAAGUUGGAAUGUGGAGAUUAUAUAAAACACUGAGCUGCUGAACUGGAUCACUAGUAUUAUCAGACGAACAGCUCUACUGGAGGCUCUGUUACCGUAUGACGAGUGUUCAAGGACAACGUGCAUCAUCGGAGUGUCUGCUGAACCUUUGCUGCUGGAGGACUAUAAAGUUUCCACAGAGGAAGUGAGCAUAGGGAGCGAUGGAAAGAAAUCCGUAAGAAUGUAUUACUACCCACUUGACGGAGAGUGAGGAUUGAGCUUGAAACAACUUCACAUUUUACCUAUCCAAUAAUCUAUCUCAAGGUUUAUAUAUUUUGUCUUUUCAUUUGAUAAAUGCCUGAUUUGUAAUUAACUUAAGCAGUGUUAACAUGAUUUCAUACCUUUUUCAUUAAAUAUUAUUACCUUACUUUCCAGCUGCAUUAAUAAGGAAACAAAAACUACAACUCAGCUUAGCACAUUAAAUGUCUCUUUAUUUUGUGCAGUCAAACCUAUAUGACAAACUUUUGUUUUCGGAAAAGUGAAUGUAUUUUUGUCAAUAAAUGUAUUAAAUACAUUUUACAGUAGACUGAUAUACACAUGAUGUUCAACUUAAUUACAAAAAUGGUUUAUAUUAGAAGUUCCAUUGUUUGUUAUCCCCCAGAUGUUUCAUUCAGCUCACUUACUGUAUUCUGCAUUCACAAUAUGUGAGAUGCAAUGUGAUAAUGGGGAAGAUUUCCAUAUAACACACGUGCUCAUAGAAGAUGGAAAACAACCCAACUAGUGCAAAAGAAUACCUACCUGUCUUACAGUGCUGCAUCUGCUUCACCUGGUGUCUCAUUAACUUCUACCGAUGAACAUUUCCAGCUGACUGUCUUGUAACAGACAUUGUUUUAAUGUAACUACUGCAUAGACUGCAGCAAUCAGAAAACAACCAAAAGCCUGGUUGUUAUUAACAGUUGGAUGCUGACUUGAAUGGUAUUUAUAAGUCCACAGUUGUUCAGCAGUAGUAACUUCACCAUGAAGUAAACAAAGCAUAGCCUGAGCGCCUUCUGAAAACUUCAAGACAGUACAGGAAGGUUUUAGCUUUAACAACAACAACAGCUUUUGGCAAGCUCCCAUUACAAGCUCAGGUCACGCUUGUAGUCUGCAGCACAACAGCAGGAGCUCUGAUCUUUUUGGAUAAUGCAGUCUGCUGCUGUCAGAGAGUAGCCUUGUGAAGGUGAAAAGAAUAUUUCUUUCU